UAAGAAGAGCUACCUGACGACGAUGUAAACAAUGUUUUUUCUGUAUUUUUGUUGAAAUUACUCGAAAAACAAAAAAAAACAGUAAAAUGCCUGGCGUUCCACAAGCAAGAGGGGAUGAGCCCUCUAUGUACUUGCAGAGACCAUCCACUGGCAAAUCACAAGAUGUUCGCCACAUUCUUGUAAGAACAUUUAGAGAGUUGUUCACAAGAGAUGCUAUUGCUCCAGAUACAGUGAAGAAUCUGUCAGUAUCUAAAGGUGGUGCCGAUCCUUAUCAUGAGAGAUAUGUGGAAGCAUUACAGAAGGUGUUUAAUGAGCGCCAGAGAAGAAUGGAAGAGGCAGCCAUGUUGGAACGACAUAUCAUGCAGGCCCAAGCUCGAGCCAUGUCAGCUGAUGAGCGAGCAUUGAACAAGGUUGCACAGAGCUGCGAUAAUUAUAAGCAUCUUGGUCUUCCUCCAGGUCCGAUUGGAGAAGUUCAGUCUCAUUUUCGUACGUGUUUAGAUACCCAGUUACUUCAGAAACAUCAGUUACUAACACCCUCGGAUUAUGCCACUGAAGAGCCCAACCCAGUCCCACCUCCGGCAGCUGAGAAGGUACCAAGUUAUGCACGAGAUACACUAGCAUCACGCCAGCAUACUAGAGAUGAUUUAUACAUGCCACCAGUAUCACCACCUCUCUCUCCACAGAGAAGUAAAUCUGACAUAGGAAGUCUGGUCUCCGAGGAACCUCUUGACACAGGGAAAAAAGAUCAGGCAUUCCUGUCACAGUUUCCACGUAAUGAUGCCUGGAAACAACAAAUGAAUGAAGAACAACGAGAACAAGAACGAAUUAGCUUACAAAAUCUAAAUGCAAAAACAAACUAUCCCAGAAAUCCAAGAUUUAUUCCACCCUCUGCCCCAACCGGUGGCCGAUCACUUAUCAAGUCCAAAAAGGUCAGAGCCAAAGAAAUUGGAAUUCAGCCACAAAAAGAACAGACAAUAGAACCGAAGGAACCGUCCCAGGUAUUUCUGGUAUCUCCACCAGCUGUUGUGUUUACAGACUACAAGAUUGGUCAAGUUUAUGAGUUGACCUUGACCUUGAAGAAUGUGUCAUCUUGUAUCAGACAGUGCCGGGCUCUACCAGCUACAACAUCAUUUUUCUCUGUUGGACUUGGUCAGUUCCCAGGAGAGCAUGGGCUGGUUGCCCCAGGGAUGAGUUGUCACUAUGCGGUACGGUUCAACCCCGACUCCCAUAGAGACUUUGAUGAUGAGAUUAAGAUUCAAACCCAGUCUAGUGAGCCAAUCAUAGUACCUUUACUUGGUCGGAGACCGCCCCCAAAACUUACAAUUCCCCCAGUGAUAGAUGUUGGAUUUUGUUUGGUCGGUGGAUGUCAUGUUGUCCAGUAUGUAAUCAAGAAUGAAGGUGGCUAUGGCAGAUUCUGUAUCAUGCCUAGUAGUUCCUGGCCUACCACAAACUUCAAGUCAGUGGUACGUAACGGCAGUGUCUCUAUUCCUCCAUUUGAUGUUAGGCCAUCCGUGAUUGACAUUGGACCAGGUCAGACUGGUGUAAUGGAGAUAGUUUUCCAGCCUCCGUCCGUGAAGAGUUACCAGAUUGACAUGUGUAUGGUGUGUGACAACUGUAAUGUCCGACACUUUACUCUUAAAGGUGAAGCACAGAGGGCCAGCGUUGAGCUGGUGUCAGUUGAGCGUGGUUUGUCGGAAGCAGCACCAGGGGAGCUGGUAGAUUCCACAGCUGAACACUUGAUCAAGUUUGACCAGUUGAACCCAUUCACUUACACUGACAGAAUUGCUGUCGUUAAAAAUACAGCAGAUGUAAGCCUUCCAUUCCAAUGGAUGAUUUACAAACCUCAGUUUGAUAGCCCGGGCUCCGAUGCUGCCAGUAAGAAGUAUGAUCGGGUACCAGACGUAGAUUCAGUCUUUAGUGUACAUCCACCAACUGGCGUCUUACCACCAGCAGAAAGCAUGGAAUUUAAGAUAACUUAUGCUCCACCUGUAGUUGACAAGUUUCAUAGUGUACUACAUUUGCUACUGAACAUGGUCCCGUCAUCACUGGAGAUGAGCAGCAAGGGAAGCUCGGCCAAUGAUAAGGAUCGUAAAGAGGAGGGCGAUGAAGAAGAUGUCUCGGAUAUAAUCAUGCCGCAUAAUGACAUGCCACCAUUUGCAGACCUGACAGCCCUUGAAAUAGAGGUCAAAGGUGAAAGUUCUCCACUCAGUGUUGUGUUACACCCUUAUUCCAUGCAUGUACCUGGCAAGAAUUUAGUUGGCACAACUCUGAAGAAAAUGGUCACUAUGGCAAAUCACAGCCACUCGACUAUUACAUUCCAAUGGGAACCAUACACAGAGAAAUACAUUCUUGAAGUUGAGCCUCCAUUUGGAGAACUAGAUCAUGGAAUGGCAAUGGAUAUGGAAUUGUCUAUCACUGGGACAGAACCUGGAAAAAUUGACCACACCCUGUACUGUCAUGUGAUGAAUCUGGAAGAACCUUUGCAUCUUCAAGUACAGGCAGAAUUUAAGGGUCCUGAAGUGUCAAUUGAUGAGCCUGACUUGAACUUUGGUCUUGUACGACUCGGACAAACUGUACAGAGAAAGAUCACUAUAAAUAACAAGGCCUCAAUUAUUACACCUUGGUAUAUACGGGACAGUCCCGCCACCUCGACCCCUGAUGAUGACGAUGUUGAUGAUAGUAUGAGAUUUAGUGAGUUCACAUUUGAGCCUAGUGAGGGUGAAUUAAAGCCGUUGGAGAUUAGAGAAAUCACUGUUACAUUCCAUCCUCUGACAGCUAAAUCUUUUAGACGUGUCAUUGAAGUUAUGGUGGAAGAUGGUCAAGACAGUAAGAUUGCCUGCUAUGCGGAGGUCCAGACUGUACAGGCAUGCCUCAUCCAGUGUGAAGUCACACUACCACGAGUGUAUGUUGGAGUACCAGUGAUGGCAACAGCCAAGCUGUUCAACCAAACUCUACUUCCUACUGUGUUUGAAUGGGGAGAUCCUUGCGGAGAGGAUGCUAAAGACUGCAGUUUAGAAAUGGACCCCAAGAUUGGAGAGCUCAAUGGUAGAGAAGAAAAACCAAUAACUAUCAACUUUCUUGCUUACAGAGAGGGAGACUUCAGUGAUCUAAGGAUACCAUGUAAAGUGGAAGGUGUGGACAAGCCUCUGAUACUAGCGCUAUAUUGUGACUGUAAGGGUCUUUCUGUACACUACCAGGUAUCUGAGGAUGGCAGGGAAAAAUUAAAUCUGGAUGAGUUAAGGCUAGAUUUUGGAAAGGAAGUUGCACUUGGCACGACCCCAAAGAUGUACUUACAUCUCUCCAACAACACGGCCAUCACUACACCAUAUACCUUCACUAUAGAGAGCUUCUUCUCUAAACCACCCACACCACCAGAACAAAAGAGAGGAGAACUCACAAGAACUGUCAGUACACGAAGACUGAUGCUUGGGAAGACACCAAACCUUGCGGACCCAUUCAGCAAGACUGAGACUAAAGCCCAGGCUGAUUUAUGUACAGCUAUGUUGAGUCAAGGUAACGGCACGGCAUUUGUACCGCUUCCAUCAUCAGGUAUUCUGUCAGCAUUUAGUGAAGAGGUGAUUGAGGUGACAGCUUUCAGUGACAUGUGGGGAGAGUACAAUGAUAACAUCAUCUGUAAAGUUGGUGAACUAGAAGAGACAAAGAUCCCAGUAUCUAUGACAGUUGUUGGCUGCCCGUUAAGUUUCCAGAUGACCUCUGGUAUACCAGAGAUGAGACCGAUGGUGAGGUUUGGUACCCAUGUUGCUGGUACCGCUGCUUGCAACCGGACAAUGAGGGUGAAAAACAACAGUCCACAAGAUAUCAGGGUAGAUUGGCAGGUAUAUAAUAUUAUAGAAGAAGAUCCUAAACUGAUGGACAUGGUGGUUUGUUUUGGGAAGCCCUUCCCUUUGAAGGAUGCUGAAGGCAAUGAAAUUGUUCCUCCGGCAGAAGCCCCAAAACCGCAGAAAAUUGUGCCUAUGCCAGUGAUACGUGAACCCACAGACUAUAUUCCAAACUCUGUGGACAGCUCACAGAACACAAGUCGCGAAGUCACACUAGCUGGGUUCAGUAAGACGGAGGAAAGUGUUGAUUCAACACAGGAAAAGGAGAACUCCAGACCGAAAGUUGUCAGUGUAUUUUGUAGACAGCAUGUAGGACAACCGGCUCCUGCACCCUACAGUAUCAAACCAUCUCAAAUGGUAAUACCUGCUAAAGGUCAUGCAAAUGUGGUUGUAACAUUCACCCCUCAUCCAACAGAAGAUGUGAUAGAUGACACUAACUGUAAUGGUUAUAUUCUCGGCUAUACAAGCCUUGAUGACCCGUCUAUACAAUACCGGGAGGGAAAACUGAACAGGGCACAGGCUUACGAGACUUCUCAACUCCGACUGGACAUGACCGCUCAUCUUAAACCAGCAUUACUGACAAUAGAGUGUGCUGAAGAAGAAGGUAUGAGGUACAGGUCAGCCAUGAGCAGUCUACUGAAGAAUGAUAACCAGUUAUUACCAGAAAGUUUGCAGACACAGAGUGUGAUGUUGUCCAAUCUAACACUGACGCCACUCACAUUUAAACUGGCGACAAAACAACCGUUUGUUAUGGUUGAGCUUGACCCAUAUAGCAACAAAGAGGGACUCACAAGAUCACAUUCAACUGAUAUGCACACACUUAAACCAAGGCAUAACUUUAUAGUCAAGGUCGCAUUCCAGACAAGUACCAACCUUCUUACUGAAGAGUAUUUGAAAGAUGUAGAUGAUGAAAGCAGUGGCAAGAAAAUUGAAAUCACCGACAACUUAAUGAUAGAGUUCAACAAUGGAGCUCAUCAGAUGGUUCCACUACAUGCCACACUUACAGUACCUCAGUUUGAGCUGUCUAAGGAGUUCAUUGAUUUUGGAACUUGCCUAGUUGGUCAGACUAGAGAGAUGCAGUUGAUGAUAACCAAUCAGACAUUGUCCCAUACAUUCUGGUCUGUUAAUUCAGGUUCAUAUGGGAAUCAAGCAAAUGAAGUGUUCUGUGUAGAACCAACUUCAGGAUUUUUGGAUGCUCAUAUCACCCAUAUUAGUGAUAGCAAGAGUUUGUUGAAGGUCUUCUUUACUGCCAAGCAUGCGGAAGAUUAUGAAUCUGUGUUUACAUUUUAUGGUGUACUCGGAGAAAGGACAAGACAGCUGACAGUCCAGGCACGAGGUUCCUAUGAUGAGAAACACGAGGCUGUACUUAAUGUUUGAGAUAUACUGUAUAUGAGAUAUCAAACGUUGUCCUAAUAUAAACAUUCUUGUUAUGCUUGUUCCUAAAAACAUUUGUGUUAUGUUUGUUUGCUUGAAAUUGUUUAGUAUUGUUUUCAUGAUUAUAACAAUGAAAUAUAAACAAUGACUCAGAGCAGAAGAAUAUACAUGUAUAUGUAUGUAUGAAAAAGAUUAUUUCAGACUUGUAAAAUAAAUGAUAGAAAAUCACCUACAUGUACAUACAUACAUAUACUAUUUAUUUGUACUAUGUCUAAAUAUACAAGCUUUCAGUAAGUGGGACAUAUAUACUAUCAAAGUAACAGAGGGUGAGAUAACCUUCAAAGUGACCUCUCAACUUUGAAAAACUCAGAUGUAUAGAAAGCAUGAAUUAUUGAAAACUUUUUGUCAUUUCUUAACAUUUUACAUGGAAAGUUUAUUUAUUCUUGAUUGUUUGAAGUAUUAUGAUAAAGGACUGUCUGUGAUAUUUUUGUCUUGAUUGUGAUUUUUUAUUUUUAUUUUGAAUUUCUGGUUUAAAAUUCAUGUAUAUGUAUAAAUGUUUAGAGUAUAUAUUUUUCAUAUAUUCAUAGUUAAUAUAACAAAAAUGUUACCAGUAUAAUAACAGACCUAUUACCGUCUAUUGUCUUAUUUGUUAUUAUCUGACUUGAUUAUUGAAUUAAUAAAUAUUUAUUUGUGAAA